CUGACGAGCAAGAGAAGAGUCUCUCCAGAUCAGAACACAAGAUGGACAACGCUAGCCCUUCCUCCCUCCUGGAGUCCCUGUGUCGUGCCUCUCCCGGUAGCGCCUUACUGCUGGGUAUGAAGAGGUUGUCUGUGCUGCUGGUGGACUGCAGGAAAACAACGGGGCUGAGUGGAACUGUGAGAGGAGGAGAAGAGAAGAAAGGAUCAGAUUUGAAACAUCAAAGAGAAAGACCAGACUCAGAGGAACCAGAGCCAGGGACGUCCAAACCAGCAAGACGACACCAGUGCUCCCAGUGUGAAAAGAGUUUUAAACAGAAAGCACAACUGAAAAAACAUAAGAGAAUACACACAGGGGAGAAGCCUUACCACUGUUCCCAGUGUGGAAAGGGUUUCAACCAGUCAGGGACGCUGAAACAACAUGAGAGAAUACACACAGGAGAGAAGCCUUACCACUGCUCCCAAUGUGGAAAGUGUUUCGGCCGUUCGGGGGAGCUGAAACUACACGAGAGAAUACACACAGGAGAGAAGCCUUACCACUGCUCCCAUUGUGGAAAGUGUUUAGUCCGUUUGGGGGACCUGAAACAACACGAGAGAAUACACACAGGAGAGAAGCCUUACCACUGCUCCCAGUGUGGACAGUGUUUCAACCAGAAAGCACACCUGAAACAACAUGAGAGGAUACACACAGGGGAGAAGCCUUACCACUGUUCCCAGUGUGGAAAGGGUUUCCACCAGUCAGGGACGCUGAAACAACAUGAGAGAAUACACACAGGAGAGAAGCCUUACCACUGCUCCCAAUGUGGGAAGUGUUUCGGCCGUUCGGGGGUGCUGAAACUACACGAGAGAAUACACGCAGGAGAGAAGCCUUACCACUGCUCCCAUUGUGGAAAGUGUUUCGUCCGUUCGGGGGAGCUGAAACAACACGAGAGAAUACACACAGGAGAGAAGCCUUACCACUGCUUCCAAUGUGUAAGGUCUUUCAACCAGUUGGGGGCGUUGAAACAACAUGAGAGAAUACACACAGGAGAGAAGCCUUACCACUGCUCCCAAUGUGGGAAGUGUUUCAACCAUUCGGGGAUGCUGAAACAACAUGAGAGAAUACACACAGGAGAGAAGCCUUACCACUGCUCCCAGUGUGGAAAGUGUUUCAACCGGAGAGGAAACCUGAAACAACAUGAGAGAAUACACACAGGAGAGAAGAACCCAGCAGAUGGCGAUGAGCGUCUUUCAGGUGAUGAUUCUUCCGUGACGUAUAAUGGACUGGACGGACGCUUCUUCAGGAACAACAACGUGGCUACUCUUUCAACCACGUCGCAUGACUAUUGUGGAUCCUCUGGGAAGCCUCAACAACAUCCUGAUGCUGACGAGGAAGAGAAGAGUCUCUCCAGAUCAGAACACCAGAUGGACAACGCUAGCCCUUCCACCCUCCCGGAGUCCCUGUGUCAUGCCUCUCCUGUUAGCACCUUACUGCUGGGUAUGAAGAGGUUGUCUGUGCUGCUGGUGGACUGCAGGAAAACAAUGGGGCUGAGUGGAACUGUGGGAGGAGGAGAAGAGCAGAAAGGAUCAGAUUUGACUCAAAGAGAAAGACCAGACUCAGAGGAACCAGAGCCAGGGACGUCCAAACCAGCAAGACGACACCAGUGCUCCCACUGUGGAAAGGGUUGUAACCGGUUAUGGGACGUGAAACAACAUGAGAAAAUACACACAGGGGAGAAGACUUACCACUGCUCCCAGUGUGGAAAGAGUUUUAACCAGAAAGCACACCUGAAAGCUCAUGAGAGAAUACACACAGGGGAGAAGCCUUACCACUGCUCCCAGUGUGGAAAGUGUUUCAACCGGCCUGGGCAUCUGAAACUGCACGAGAGAAUACACACAGGGGAGAAGCCUUAUCACUGCUCCCGGUGUGGAAAUAGUUUUAACAAUUUAGGGAAACUGAAACGACAUGAGAGAAUACACACAGGGAAGAAGCCUUAUCACUGCUCCCAGUGUGGAAAGAGUUUUAUCGGUUUAGGGAAACUGAAACGACACGAGAGAAUACACACAGGGGAGAAGCCUUACCACUGCUCCCAGUGUGGAAAGAGUUUUAACAAUUUAGGGACCCUGAAACAACAUGAGAGAAUACACACAGGGGAGAAGCCUUGCCACUGCUCCCAGUGUGGAAAGAGUUUUAACAAUUUAGGGAACCUAAAACAACAUGAGAGAAUACACACAUGGGAGAGGCCUUACCACUGCUCCCAGUGUGGAAAGUGUUUCAUCCGGUCAAAGGAGCUGAAACGACAUGAGAGAAUACACACAGGGGAGAAGCCUUAUCACUGCUCCCAGUGUGGAAAGAGUUUUAACAAUUUAGGGAACCUGAAACAUCAUGAGAGAAUACACACAGGUGAGAAGCCUUACCACUGCUCCCAGUGUGGAAAGUGUUUCAACCGUUCAGGGGGGCUGAAACGACACAAGAGAAUACACACAGGGGAGAAGCCUUUCCACUCCUCCCAGGGUGCAAAGCUUUUGCCCAUUUAGGAAGAAUGAAAGAACACAUGAGACUGCACACAGCGGAGAAUGCUUACAAAAGGCCAGACUGUGGGAAAACAUUUUACUCAUAACAGUCACUUAAACGUCUUUAGAGUAACCACACAGGAGAGAGAAAUGACUUCUCUUAGCGUGUAUAUUGAUAUUUCACAUCACAUUGACUUCAAAUUCAUCAGAGAACAUACACAGUGCUCCCGUUGUCUUAUAUUGUUGACUGACAAUGUGUUUACCUGUCUUUACCAGAUGAAAUUAAAUGGUACAGGGUAUACUCAAACAUAUAUUUGUUUGUUUUUAUUAGAAAACAUGAAUUGAAUAUGGAGUCUGUCAGUUUGAAUAUAGAGUAGAUCAGGUUCCAUGUGUUUAAAUGGUCCUUUUUUAAAACUCUUUGUGUGUGUUUAUCUGGGUGUGCCAUUCCUCCAGCACUACAGAUAAUCAAGUGAUAUUUGGAUGUGAUGAAUUAGUUCCAUUGUUGACAUUUGCAUUUUUGGCCCACUGAUGAUUUAAUUAAAUGAAAAUGUUCAGACUGUGUAAUGGAAAAUGUUAGUUGUAUGUGUGUCCACAUAACUGAGUAUGUGACUAACCUUGUGAAACUGUCCUAUUAUAAUCUCCUGUUCUUGGGACUAUCAUUCUGUGUUGCAAACCAAUUUACACCUGUGUCCUUGUAUGAAUAAAGUCCCGCCCAGGAACAGGAAACUAUAAAGAUAUUUGCUCAUCACCCAAUGCUUCAGGAAUUCAGACUGUCUACACUGCACUGUGUAAUUGUUAUUCUCUUUGAGCUCAGAAAUAAAGAGUCUUGGUUUGAAUUGGA